ACCAGAAACCACUCUUCAUAAUCACCAAGUCUUCUCUGCGCUGUCAACGUCUUGAAUUAAUUAUCAUCACCAUUUAACAUCUCCUAUACAUAUGCAUGUAUGUCUACCAAAUCUCAACCAACUGACUUUGACUUUUAAUUCAAGUAUUCCACUGUCCUUCACUUUCACAUCCAAGUUAAGAGUAGUAAGCAUCAAAUGGAGAGGCAAAGAAGUUUCUCUUUGAAAUCCACCAGAUUCUUAGUCUUUUCUUUAACAAUCUCUUCUUCUUUAAUCUUUUUAACACUCUUCUCUAUCUGGGUCAUCAAAUCUACCCCUUCCAUUCACCAAGAAACCCAUUUUCACUUGAACCAACUCGCCCUUAAUCUAAGUCCCAAACCUGUAACUUUAGAGACAUUGACGGGUUUCAGUAAAAAUUCCUCAUCUAAAAAUGUGAAAGACUUAUUCCUCAUCGAUGCCCUAAAUAAACCUGAAAAUUCUACAUUGUUUUCACCACCCCCGGAUGAAGCUUACAAAGCUGAUGAUCUAGAUGAUAACAGUUAUUCAACUACAGGUCAAGAGAGUGCACCGGCACCUUCGCUCGAGGAAGUUGAAGUUCACAGCAAUGAGAGAAUUGAAGAGAAGAAGAUUGAAGCGGCUUCAACUCAGAAAAUUGAGCGUCCCAACGAUGAGCAGAUUACAAAGAAGAAGAUUGAAGCUCCUUCAGUUGAGAAAAUUGAGGUUACCAGUAAUGAGCAGAUAAAAAAGAAGAAGAGUGGAGCAGCUUCAGCUAAAAAAAUUGAAGUUACAAGGGAUAAGAGGAUUGAAGAGAAGAGGCUAAGAAAUUGUGAUAUUACAAAAGGGAGGUGGGUUUACGAUGAGAGCUAUCCUUUGUACACAAAUGCUUCAUGUCCUCUUAUAGAUGAAGGUUUCAAUUGUAUGAGCAAUGGAAGACUGGAUAAAGAUUACAUGAAGUGGAAAUGGCAGCCUCAAGAUUGUGACAUCCCAAGGUUCAAUGCUACCAAAAUGCUGGACUUGAUCCGAGGGAAAAGGCUGAUUUUUGUUGGAGAUUCACUAAAUAGGAAUCAAUGGGAAUCUAUGCUGUGUAUGUUAAUGGGAGCUGUUAGAGACCCAAAGAAGGUCUAUGAGACCCAUGGACGAAGAAUCACCAAAGAGAAGGGAGAUUAUAGUUUCAAAUUUGUGGAUUAUAAAUGCACUGUUGAAUAUUAUGCGAGCCAUUUUUUAGUUCACGAGAGCAAGGCAAGAGUAGGGCAGAAGCGGGUGCAAACCUUGAGAAUUGAUUCUAUUGAUCGUGGCUCAUCAAGAUGGAGAGGAGCUGAUAUUUUGAUAUUCAACACUGCACAUUGGUGGACCCAUUACAAAACAAAAGCCGGGAUUAACUAUUACCAGGAAGGAAAUCUAGUCCAUCCCCAGCUUGACGUUUCUGCAGCCUUUAGAAGAGCAUUGAUGACUUGGGCAUCAUGGGUUGAUAAACGCAUCAAUCCAAAGAAAACCCGAGUUUUCUUUCGAAAUUCUGCACCUUCACAUUUCAGGGGAGGUCAAUGGAAUUCAGGUGGUCAUUGUAGGGAAGCUACUCAACCACUUAAUGGAACCUCAAGCUUUAUCUACCCUGACAAGAAUGGAAUGGUAGAGGAGAUCGUAAAGCAGAUGAAAACACCUGUAACUCUCUUGAAUAUAACCAGAUUGUCUGACUACAGGAUAGAUGGUCAUCCAUCAAUGUAUGGAAUAAAACCAGGGAGUCGCUACUCUUCUAACAUUCAGGAUUGUAGCCAUUGGUGUCUUCCAGGUGUUCCUGAUACAUGGAAUGAAUUGUUGUACUUUCAUUUGCUGCCCAAGAAGGAGUAUAAUCUUCUAUGAAACAGGUUUGUGCUUCUCAGCUAUAUAUUCUUUCAAUGUUUUAUUCCUAUUGAUAUUGUAGGCAGAACGUAAAAUCUAAUCGUCCUGGUUUUUUCUAUGGAAAAUGUAAAUCAUAUAUUUC